AAUGAUUGGUGAUGAAGAAAAUACAGAAUUUAUAAGUGAGGCUAAUAAAUAAGAAAAAAAUGAAUUAAAAGUGGUAAGUAUGAAGACAGAUAAAAAAAGUCAUGUUAAUAACUUAAUAUAUUUUGGGGCAACAAUUGCAUUCACAUGUAUAAUCAUGCUAUUAUUUUGGAAUGUUAAGAAAUAAAGUAAUAAUAUAUAGUCAAAAUACGUAGGCUUUCACAAAAAGAAUGCACAUCUACUAGGUAUGAUUAUUAAUAUAAAAAGUGGUAACUUAAGAAGAAUUUGAUUAUUUUGAUUAGUUAAGCGAUACUACAAAGAUUUCUAAUUGCAAUCACACUAUAUCUAAUGAAAACACUUUAGUAAUUGUAAGUAAUUAGAUUGUGUAAAAUGAUGUAAAAGAUUGCAUUGAGCAUUUAAAACCACAAUUUAGUGAUAUUUUAUUGAUAAUCUAUAAUGCUACAUAAGAGUCAAUACUAAAAGAGGAAGAUAAAAAUAUGAUUCAAUACUAUUUAUCAAACAAAGAAUUAUCAAUACCAAAUUCAGAGAUCUAAAAAUUUGAAUAAUUAGAGGAAGAUGAAUAAUUGGAAGUUGUUGCUUAGAUUAUAAACAAUAUAUUUAAAUGAA